AGCUGAUUAGCUGCUUUACGGUAAACCCCAGGGAAAGUGAGCACUAGUGGGAAUGUGGAUUUUAUCCCUGCAGGAAUCCUACUUAGCCUGCCAGGCAUUAACCUUGACUGUAAUUGGGUACCUCAGAGUAAUGACGUUUUCAGAGAAUGUUCAGGGACCUCUACUUUGUUUAGACACCUUGUGUGGGUGGAACUUCCUGUUUACACAGAGAGCAGCAUAAAGCCUAGUUGCUCUGAGGAAUGUUCGGGACCAGACCAGACCAACUGCAGGGAGUAAGGUACAACACAGCCAGGUCUCCUCCGGCCCCUUCUCCCUGCAGCAUGGGGAAGAACAAACUCCUUCAGCCACGGCUUUCUCUCCUUCUUCUGGUCUUCCUGCAUACAGAUGCCUCAGUCUCUGGAAAACCGCACUAUAUGGUGCUGGUCCCCUCCCUGCUCCACACUGAGACCCCUGAGCAGGGCUGCCUCGUUCUGAGCCACCUGAAUGAGAUGGUGACUGUAAGCGCCUCCUUGGAGUCCCUCAGAGAGAACAGGAGCCUCUUCACUGACGUGGUGGCAGAGAAGGAUUUACUCCACUGUGUCUCCUUCACCGUCCCAAGAUCUUCAUUCAAAGAGGAGGUAAUGUUCCUCACUGUCCACGUGAAAGGACCAACCCAUGAGUUCAAGAAGCGGACCACAGUGCUGGUUAAAAACAAAGAGAGUCUGGUCUUUGUCCAGACAGACAAACCCACCUACAAACCAGGGCAGACAGUGAAGUUUCGUGUUGUCUCGUUGGAUGAAAAUUUUCACCCCCUGAAUGAGUUGAGUCCACUAGUAUAUAUUGAGGACCCCAAAGGAAAUCGCAUCGCACAGUGGCAGAACCUCAAGUUAGAGAAUGGCCUCAAGCAACUGACCUUUGCCCUCUCGUCAGAGCCCAUCCAAGGCUCCUACAAGGUGGUGGUACAGAAGGAAUCAGGUGGAAAAGCAGAGCACCACUUCACUGUGGAGGAAUUUGUGCUUCCUAAGUUUGAAGUGCAAGUUACAGUGCCAAGGAUAAUCACUAUCUUGGAAGAAGAGGUGACAGUGUCAGUGUGUGGCCUAUACACAUAUGGGAAACCUGUCCCCGGACAUGUGACGAUAAGCAUGUGCAGAAAGUACAGUAACCCCUCUGACUGCUUUGAUGGAGAGUCACGUGCCAUCUGUGAGACGUUCAGUCAGCAGCUAAACAACAAGGGCUGCUUCUCUCAGCAAGUAGACACCAAGAUCUUCCAGAUGAAGAGACAAGGAUUUGAAAUGAAACUUGAAGUGGAAGCCAAGAUCCAAGAAGAAGGAACAGAGGUGGAAUUCACUGGAAGAGGGUCCACUGAAAUCACAAGAACCAUAAGCAAACUCUCAUUUGUGAAAGCGGACUCGUACAUUAGACAAGGAAUUCCCUUCUUUGGGCAGGUGCUCCUAGUGGAUGGGAAAGGUGUCCCCCUGCCAAAUAAACGCAUCGUCAUCACAGCGAAUGAAGCCAGCUAUGCCUCUAACGCCACCACCGAUGAGCACGGCCUGGUGCAGUUCUCCAUCAGCACCACCAACCUCACAGACACCUCCCUCACUGUCAAGGUCCAGCACCAGGACGACAAUACCUGCUAUGGCUACCUGUGGCUAUCAGAGGAACAUGAAGAAGCUUAUCACACUGCUUAUCUCGUAUUCUCCCAAAGCAAGAGCUUUGUCUACCUUGAGCCCUUGCCUCAUGAACUGCCCUGUGGCCAAGCUCAGACAGUCCAAGUGCAUUACGUUCUGAAUGGACAGGUCCUGCAGGAGCUGAAGGAGCUUGAGUUCUAUUACCUGAUAAUGGCAAAGGGAGGCAUCGUCCGAACAGGGACUCACAUAUUGCCCGUGGAGCAGGGAGACAUGAAAGGCCAUUUUUCCGUGUCAUUCCCUGUGGAGUCAGACAUCGCUCCCAUUGCUAGACUGCUGAUCUAUGCCAUUUUACCUGAUGGGGAAGUGAUUGGAGAUUCUGCAAAAUACGAGGUUGAAAACUGCCUGGUCAACAAGGUGAAUUUGAGCUUCAGCUCAGCACGAAGUCUCCCGGCUUCCCGAGCCCACCUGCAAGUCACCGCAUCCCCUCAGUCCCUCUGCGCCCUCCGCGCCGUGGACCAGAGUGUGCUGCUCAUGAGUCCUGAGGCCGAGCUCUCCCCCGCCUCGGUUUAUAACCUGCUACCAGUAAAGGACCUCAACGGUUUGCCAGAGCGUUUAAAUCAACAGGAGGAAGAUGAUGGAGACUGUGUCAGUCACCAUAAUGUCUACAUCAAUGGGAUCCUGUAUUCCCCAGUAACAAAUACAAAAGAAAAAGACAUGUAUAGCUUCCUACAGGACAUGGGCUUAAAGGUAUUUACCAACUCAAAGAUUCAUAAACCCAAAUUAUGUCCACAACCUCAACAAUAUGAAGUUCAUUCAGCUCAAAGACUAUUAUCUUCUCCAGCCUUAGUGGAAAUGGGACAAAGCCAUGAGAUUAGGAAUAUGAUACACAUUUCAGAGCCCCCCACAGAGACACUGCGAACGUACUUCCCUGAGACGUGGAUCUGGGACUUGGUGGUGGUAAAACCCUCAGGUGUGGCUGAACUAGAAGUGACAGUCCCCGAUACCAUCACUGAGUGGAAGGCAGGGGCCCUCUGCCUGUCCAGCGACACUGGACUUGGUCUCUCUCCAACUGCCUCUCUCCAAGUUUUUCAGCCCUUCUUCGUCGAGGUCACAAUACCCUACUCUGUGAUCCGUGGAGAAGCCUUCACACUCAAGGCCACUGUGUUAAACUACCUUCCCAAAUGCAUCCCGGUCAGCGUGCAACUAGAAGCUUCCCCGGAAUUCCUAGCUGUCCCAGGGAAGAAGGAACAAGAGUCUCACUGCAUCUGUGGGAAUGGCCGGCAAACCGUGUCCUGGGCAGUAACCCCAAAGUCAUUAGGGAAUGUGAAAUUCAGCGUGAGUGCAGAGGCACUGGAUUCUCGAGAGCUGUGUGGGACUGAGGCAGCUGUGGUCCCCGAACUUGGAAGGAAAGACACAAUCAUCAAGCCCCUGUUAGUUGAACCUGAAGGACUGGAGAAGGAAGCAACAUUCAACUCCCUGCUUUGUCCACCAGGUGACAAGGCGUCUGAACAAUUAUCUCUGAAGCUGCCACCGAAUGUGGUAGAAGAAUCUGCCCACGCCUCUGUCUCAGUAUUGGGAGAUAUUUUAGGCUCUGCCAUGCGAAAUACACAAAAUCUCCUCCAAAUGCCCUAUGGCUGUGGAGAACAGAAUAUGGUCCUCUUUGCUCCUAACAUCUAUGUUCUGGAUUAUCUAAAUGAAACACAGCAGCUGACUGAAGAAAUCAAAUCCAAGGCCAUUCUCUACCUCAACAUGGGUUACCAGAGGCAGCUGAACUACAAACACUCUGACGGUUCCUACAGCACCUUUGGGGAGAAGCAUGGCCACAGUAAGGGCAAUACCUGGCUCACAGCCUUUGUACUGAAGACUUUCGCCCAGGCUCGAGCCUACAUCUUUGUUGAUGAAGCACAUAUUACUGAAGCCCUCACCUGGCUCUCCCAAAAGCAGAGGGAUGAUGGCUGUUUCAGGAGCUCUGGGUCACUGCUCAACAAUGCCAUUAAGGGUGGAGUGGACGAUGAAGUGACCCUCUCUGUCUACAUCACCAUCGCCCUUCUGGAGAUUCCUCUCCCUGUCACUCACGUCGUUGUCCGCAAUGCCCUGUUCUGCCUGGAGUCAGCCUGGAAGUCAGCCAAGGAAGGAGCCCACGGCAGCCACGUCUACACCAAGGCACUGCUGGCCUAUGCAUUUGCCCGGGCGGGUGACCAGGAAAAGCGGAGAGAAGUUCUCAAGUCACUUCACGAGGAGGCUGUGAAUGUGAAGGAGGAUAAUUCCACCCACUGGACACGACCUCACAGGCCCGGAGUGUCCCGGGGGCACUUUCACCGGCCCCGGGCCCCCUCUGCCGAGGUGGAGAUGACGGCCUACGUGCUGCUGGCUCACCUGACGGCCCAGCCCGCCCCGACCCAGGAGGACCUGGCCUCUGCCACGCGCAUCGUGAGGUGGAUCACAAAGCAGCAGAACUCCCAGGGCGGCUUCUCCUCCACCCAGGACACGGUGGUGGCCCUCCACGCCUUGUCCAGAUACGGGGCAGCCACUUUCGCCAGGACUGGGAAGGCCGUACAGGUGACCAUCCAGUCUUCGGGGACAUUUUCCACAGAAUUCCAAGUGAACAACAGCAACCUACUGUUACUACAGCAGACUUCACUGCCAGAGGUGCCUGGAGAGUACAAUGUGACGGCAACAGGACAAGGGUGUGUUUACCUCCAGACAUCUUUGAAAUACAAUAUUCUCCUGAAAAAGGAAGAGUUCCCAUUUGCUCUAGAGGUGCAGACUCUGCCCCAAACUUGUGAUGGACCCAAAGCCCACACCAGCUUCCAGAUCUCACUGAAUGUCAGUUACACUGGAAGCCGUCCUGCCUCCAACAUGGCAAUUGCUGAUGUGAAGAUGGUAUCUGGUUUUAUUCCCCUGAAACCAACAGUGAAAAUGCUUGAAAGAUCUAACCACGUGAGCAGGACAGAAGUCAGCAACAACCAUGUCUUGAUUUACCUGGAUAAGGUGACAAAUCAGACCGUGAGCUUGUCCUUCACGGUUCUGCAAGACGUCCCAGUAAGAGAUCUGAAACCAGCCAUAGUGAAAGUCUAUGAUUACUACGAGACAGAUGAGUUUGCAGUUGCUGAGUACAACGCUCCUUGCAGCAAAGAUCCUGGAAAUGCUUAAAGACCACAUCAAUGAAAACUGCUUUGCUAGAGUCCCUGUUCCACCGACUCAGGUCUCCAUGGAACAAAAGAGUCUUUGAAUCUCUGCAGGCUUGAUGAAUAAACCUUUGUUUCUGGUCAGCUCUA